AUGACGGAGAUAUUUCUUGACCGAGCACUCGGGCUUCUGGCAUCAGAGAAGCAAAAAGAUCGAAGUGAUGGGCUCGCAGACCUGAAACAUAUUCUGCAACAGAACAAACAGAGCUCUAAACUUUUGGAUCUCAAUGAUAAAGCCUGCUUCAAGAUUUUUGAGACGCUCUUCCGACUGGUCGCCUCUGAAAAAUCCGGUUACGCCCGAGCCCAACGGUCGAACUCCAAGAGCCCUUCUACAACACGUCUAUCAGCAUGCGCGUCGGUCAUUCGGAUAGCGGUCGACACUUUCCUGCAAAACAUCAGAAUCAAGACCGUCCGUGCCGUCAUUGAACACAUUCUCGAGACCAUACCGAUCCCCGGGGAAGGCCUUUGGGAGCUCAUGAGCGUGGACUAUACCAAAUGCCUGACAUCUCUACUUCGCUACCCACCCCACACGGAGCAUCUUGGAGAUGCAGAUUGGGAGAAGCUCAUUGAGUUCUGCCUAACGGCAUUGAGACUCCCAGUGGACGAUGAGAGUCAAUUUAGUAUCCGCAGUGGAUAUCGAUCCGCUGCCGAGGAUACAAGCGAUGGCCAUUCGACUCCAGCAAGGAUGACACCCGCUCCAGCAGCUAGAGAAAGAUCCGUGGGCGAUAGAACUGCCAUCGGAGAGGUUGUAGAGUCUAUCCAAUUACUGACUGCAAGCCCAAGUGCCCCUACUCAGCUUGCUGCGGAGAACAUCCUCCACGGGCUUGUAGAAUAUGUCAAAUCCUCAUCAACGGUGGCUGGAAAUGCACACCAGCUUGCAUUCAAUAGCAUCAAUACAGUGGUGGCAAGGGUCAUGUUUGAUCAGUCUCAAAUGGUUCAGUCAGCUCUUUUGCGCCUCAUUCCGGUAAUUCGACGCAUAUGGGUCACUAAGCUUCAAAGCUUGAAGGACGAACUACUCGUCACUUUGAUGCACUGCACAGCUCUCCUCGCCGACGCAGCUCAAAAAGAUCCUUCCGAGCCGCUGGAGCGCUCUAUUGAGGGACUUAUCAGCUCCCUGUUCUCAGAGUAUGUGAGGCGUCCCGAGAAAGAGCUGUUGCAGGUCGAUGAUGUGGUAUUCCACGAGGCAGCGGAGAUGGAGAAUCGACAGCUGUAUGGACCUCGCUUGGGAUACUCUCGAUCUGAACACAAUUGGUCUCUAAUCUGGGUUAUCGCAAGCUUCCUGAAGCUGUUGGAAGACAUUUCAGCUCGUCCAAGAGACCCGGACUCACUUCGCGAGGCCUCGGGUAAAAGGCAGCGUUUACAUUCUCGCAUCGAGGAUAUCUUUCUAGACGCAAUUUCAGCUAUAGGAGCGCGGAAGAUAUGUGCCCUUCAGCUGGUUCCGUUUCUUGAACAAAGAAUCGAUUUGGAAAGAAAAGAAUCUUUCAUCCGGCGACUUACACCCAACAUCAUGGAUGACAAUGGCGCUGUUUCUUCUUGGACGAUGAUUGCAUUGGCAAGCAUUGCGACUGGUCCUGACUCGAAAGCGACUGCGUUUAAGGGCCAUUGGCCGAGGGCUGUGGACCUCGCAGCCCGUGCAUUCUCUUCUUCAGUCACAUCUAGAGCCGCUUGCAAGCUCAUGAGUGCAGUCAUAGAAGCUGAACUACUGAAUUAUUCCACUUUGACCGAAAUUACACGGUCCAUGCUGUCUUCUGCAGGCCUGAACGGCCCCUCCGCAGUCUCAGACACCUCUCUGGGCCUUUGGGCACUGAUAGCACGGAAGAGAUCCCAAAUAUGCCCCGGAUCAGCACAGAACGCUUCAAAGCAAAUUUGUAGUUGGCUGAGGGAAGCUUGGACUAUCGGCUCUGUUACUGAUCGUUUCCAAACAGCUCAGGUAGCUCUCUAUGCGCGCCCAUUCGACUUGCUCAACCUCUUCAUGGCCUGCACCAAUCGAUCUUUCAGUCCUCCUCGCCUUCAAGAGACAGGGCCUACAGGACCCGUAGCAAGGGCGUGGCUUUUCUUAUAUGAGAACCAAGGCCUAUUAGAGUACCUUUUCAACAUCACACCUGACCUCCGUAACUCCAAUCCAUGGAGCAGGGAAAGCUCAUGGCGCCUUGAGUCUUCAACACGGCAAGACGCCGAUGAUCUGGUGAUCAUUGACUUGUUACGAUUGAAGUCCGACAUUUUUCUUCAAAACUGGAAUUCAUGCACAGAAAACAGAUCGCUUCAUGUUACUACAGACAUCCUGCAAAUUCUCACUUCUUUCUGUACUGUUUCUACUCUAUUCGGGGCAUGUCUCCCUCUGCAACUGGAACCACGGAUGAUAGAAAUCCGCAAGAAUUGCCUCCUCAUAUGGAAUGGUAUCUGUGAAUUUUUUGCGGCCCACGGAUCGCAUUUGAUACAACCUUGUCUUGAGACAAUAAUGCCAUUCAUUUCCUCGGCACCAAAGGCCUGUACCGUCGCGUGGACUGGAGUUUUGCCGCUCGCCGCUCCACUUGCCAAAGUGCUCGAGGGGUUUCGCAAGAAUUCAAAACAAGACAGUACCGAAAUACAUGAUUUGAUGGAUUCGGAUGAUCGGCUGACGGCUCAGGGCGAUCAAUUAUCCACUGACCAGAGCAUCAUUUCUAUGAAUCGGGAAUUCAUUGCUCUAUUUCGAGACACAGUCACUUUCCAGCGGUGUAUCACUAUUCAGCUUUCAAUCUUGUUAAAAGUACAACCCGGGGCUGGCUCGCAGGUGAAUUAUUCUCCGGACAUCAUUGAGUACCUAACGAGCUUCAAUGAAGCAGACCUUUUGUCAGCUAAGCACAUAUUACCCGAUGUUUAUCGCAGCAUCUCGAGAAUGGAUCAGGAGGGUUUACUUUGUGUCCUGGAAGAUCUGGGCGAACGAUGUCUUCAGUCGUAUGAAAUGGAGCGAUGUGAAGCUUCUCACGGCAUCUGUAUCAGCAUGAUGAGCGGGUUUGUUGCUUCUUGGACAGAUGAACAAAAUCGAAUCCUGGGUGAUUCAGCCAUGGACUUAUACAGUUGGUUCAUGGAAGCCUUGCUGGCUAGAAAGAGAGCCUCACCGAGAACCUACAUCGUCUUGUCCGAGCUCAUUGAAGCUGUGCUUGAUGCUCGCCCUUCAUACGGCAGUGAACAAUCGCUCCCAUCGCCCCGUACGAGCCUAUUCACAAUCCUCCAUGAAGGCGAUAUCCAGGUCAAGUUCAGCGUUGCGGGCUUCAUACCUUCCUUGUUUCAACGGUUUCUGCUCAAGGACCAUGAUGCUAUCUUCGACGAUGUUCUGGGAAGUUUGCCUAGGGAUCCGGAUUGGGUUGAAGGCAUUGCUCUUCGCCUUUUUGUCCUGUCCAAACUAGCAUCUGACUGGCACACUCUACUUCGCAGGUGUAUUUAUCACAUGUUCGAAACACCAGCUCAGGUGCCAGCCUCUCUCGAAUACGCUCAAAAGUGCAUGAGAUCCGUGUCGAACGCGCUUGGCUUGCGAGACGCGACUGAAUUAUUUCGACUUUUCGCGUCUCAAAUACUCUACACUUGGACGGAAACACAGACGGUUACUUCAAUGCCAUUCAGUAUCUUUGAAUAUGAGAAUCUCAAAGAACUGCUGCUCGACGUGAAGGACGAGGUCGUUGGGCAAAUCAUGAUGCGGGCCAAAGAGUCGGAACUGCAGGAACUUGCAAGUUAUCUCCAAAUCCCUUUUGCUGAACUUCUGGAAACGUCGUUCCACAAAGCAGAGGCCUAUUGUAUCGCGCGGGACAUCACCACCCCACCUGAACCAGGUAGCCAGCCCAAAGGCGUGGAGGUUCGGAUGAGAAAGCUACUGGGUGCCGACAGUUUUAUGAAACAUGCUGAGAUGCGCUUCCCUGAAAUCAUAGCUAUAUUCUUCAAAUCCCUGGAUCGUCAUGAUCAGGUUGAAAGAGCAUUUUCAAAACGGCCAAAUUUUCAAUAUGCAUUGAUCAUUCAUAAAAAAAUCGUUGGCAAAGGCGCGGCUCAAAGUUCGUUGCCAGCGAAUCAGCAGCCCUCAUUCAGGGCCCGCUACCUCCUGGAUGAGCUGGAUUUCCUUUGCAAACGAGUAGGAUUUGAAUUGGAAUCAAUCUGGACUCCUGUACUAGCAUCAUUUGUUAGUCGGUCGCUACUGGAAACUAUACAUCCGGCCUUGGGAUCUCUUCACACGUGUUCCGCUAUUCGGAAAAUCAGAAUUUUGGUCUGCUUGUGUGGCCCUGUGAUGCUGGAGGGCUAUCCUUUCGAGAUGCUGCUUCAUGCUCUUCGCCCAUUCUUGAGCGAUAUUCACUGCUCGGAAGAUGCCUUGGGAAUUUUCUGGUACUUGUUAGAGGCCGGCAAGGGGUACUUGAUGGGUAAGCCCGAGUUGGUGGCAGGAAUCUGUAUUACGACUUUCUUGACGCUUCGCAAGUUUUAUUCGUCAUCCCUGUCAAGCACCACGCAACACAGCCAAUUCGAGUCGGCCCUUACAAAUGCGGAAAAAUUUCAUCCGUGGCUCUGUCAAUUUGCUGAAGAAUGCCGUAGUUCAGACUGGGAUCACGAAACCCAGGAGCCCUACUCUCGAAUGUUGAACCUUGCUGAAGACUUGUCAGCACCCGAUCGGCCAAGAAGUGGUCCAAGCGAGAAGGACUUGGUCCUUGAAGUGCUUGAAGACCAAGCCGCUAAAGUCCCUUUGCUUCAGAAGCCGAUAGCGGAUCUUGUGCUCUCGUUACUAUGUCCCGAGUUCAAACAAGUCAAGGAUGACGCCGUCAGGUCCUCUGACAAGGCUCUUGACGCGGAUUUUCUCACCGUGUCGUUGUGGCGUACCCUGCAUAAGUUCAACGGCGGACUCGAGUACCGCUUAUGGGCUGCUAGAGUCAUCGGGCGCUCCUUUGCGUCGUCGGGCAAGAUUAACGAAAGUUUGCUUCGAGAGCAGGACCUUUGGCUUUUCAACGAUCCAGUUUCAAUUGCACCAUAUGAUGCGUUUUGUUUCUCCAAGACCAAGAUUCUACAAGUGCUGUGUGACAAACUGCAAAUUCAAGAUCAUCUUGAGACAGGUCUCAUCGAACGCACUUUGCAAGUCGUUCUCAGCAACAUCACCGAUUUCCCAGACGUCCAAGGCUGUGCUGAGAUCAUCCCUGAAUCAAUAUUACCUGCUUUUAUUUGGAAUCCCUAUGCCUGCCCUCAGAUCCCACUCUCAGCAACCGAACUUGAACUGUUCAAAAAGUCCAAAUUGGAUGCGUCUGGCUUGCCCGUUACUGAAUGGGCUCGUGGGGUUUCUCUAUCCUUGUCCAGUGCUAACCUGGAUGAUCCUGUUCUUGGUCCAUUGCGCAAGGUUCUUGCUGUCAUUCCAGAUCUGGCUGUACAGAUGCUUCCCUACAUAGUUCAUGACGCUUUGUUAGUUGAGAGCGACAAGAAUGGGCCGAUUCGUCAAUCAGUUUCUAAUCUCUUCAAGAGAAUCCUCUCCGAAGCCAAUGAAGAGACGAUUGCACAUGCUCAGCUUGUCAUCAGCUGCAUCUUGUAUCUGCGCAAUCAGCCCAUGCGGGAGGAAUCUACCAUCGUGGACCGUGACCGAUGGCUCGAUAUCGACUACGGAGAAGCAUCUUCAGCCGCACAUCGCUGCGGCCUACAGAAAACCUCGCUUCUUUUCCUCGAGAUAGAGGCCUCCAGAAUCGUUUCAGGGUCUCGUCGCUCAUCUGUUGCAAAAUACGAGCCACCCAUAGAGCUGCUCCAUGAUAUUUUCAAGAAUAUUGAUGACCCAGAUCUUUUCUACGGCAUUCAACAAAGCUCAUCUCUGAUUACGGUGAUGGAAAGGCUGGAGUACGAGAGCUCUGGCUUCAAGAAUCUUCUUUUUCAAAGCGCCCAAUAUGACAGUGAGGUCCAAUUAUACGAAAGAGCGAAUCCAUACGAAGUACUGAAAGCUCUAAACUCGACGAAUUUGCGAGGAAUUGCCAAUACGAUGCGAUCCGCUGCAGGAAUUUCUGGUGAAACGCCUCUUUCCUUUGAUAGCACCUUGCAAGCGGCGACAAGUCUUCAACAGUGGGAGGUUCCCGUGUCGCCGUCGAGUUCCUCACCGUCAGCAACAGUCUUUCGUGUGUUCCAAAGCUUAGCUUCAUCAUCUUCCCUGUCGGAAGUCAAUCACUGUAUCGAUGAAUGCUUGCUUAGCACUCUCAACAGUGUGGUCGAGACCGGUCAGUCAGCAAUCAAGCUACGAACUUCCAUGCGAGCAUUGGGAAUCAUGACUGAAAUAAGAGAUAUCCUCGACUCAUCAUCGCCCGAGGCAAUGCAAGAAGCCUGGGAGACUAUCACAGCAAGGAGCAGUUGGCUAAAGACUGAGAGUUAUCAUGAAGUUGGCGAUAUCCUCAGCUGGCACGAGGCUCUGUUCUCCUCCAUUAGGAAACAUGACUUCCUGAGAUCGAAGCCAGGACUGAGCGCCGGUGAAUCGCGACUUCUAGAAGCCAAUGUCUUCCGGCAAUCGCUGGAGAUUACGAGGAAUCAUGGUGUCUCUCAGGCAUCGCUCAAAUCUGCAAUAACACUGUCAAAGCUCGCUGAAUCGUGCGCAGAGCUCGGUGUGGAUAUUGAAGGGGCAGCAAAAUUUGACCUUGCCAAUGUUCUCUGGGACCAAGGCGAAAUGACAGCCUCGAUUCGUAUGCUACAGCACCUCAAAGGACAGGGUGACUUGCACAGACAAGCGAUCCCCAUCAGUCGUGCCGAGCUACUCGUUACUUUGGGUGAUCAUGUGGCCGAAGCACGUCUAGAAAAACCCGAAUCGAUCCUUCAAGACUACCUGUACCCGGCGGUCAAGGAGCUAAAGGGGACUGGCAAGGGAGAAGAGGCCGGAAGAGUCUACCAUGGGUUUGCCACAUUUUGUGAUCAGCAACUUCUAAACCCAGAUGGACUUGAAGAUUUCAAACGAGUUGAACAGCUGCGAGACCGAAAAGAAAAAGAAAUGCAGGGUUUAGAAGAUAUGAUGAAGACUGCCGAGGGCCGAGAAAGAGAAUCUUUGAAAAUUUUUCGCGCCAAAACCAAGCAGUGGUUUGAUCUUGACGAUCGCGAAUAUCAACGUUUGCUCCGGAGUCGGGAAGCCUUUCUGCAGCAAUGUCUUGAAAAUUAUCUACUGGCUCUGAGGGAGAGUGAUGCUUACAACAAUGAUGCUCUGCGAUUUUGCGCGCUCUGGCUUGAUAAAUCAGACAGCAACACCGCAAAUAUGGCCGUCAAGCGAUAUCUGAGUGAAGUGCCCAGUCGGAAAUUUGCGCCUCUGAUGAACCAGCUCUCCUCGCGUCUGCUAGAUGUCUCAGAUGAGUUCCAGUCGCUACUUACAGGGUUAGUAUUCAAGAUUUGUGCGGAGCAUCCGUUCCAUGGCAUGUAUCAAAUAUUUGCCAGCAGCAAGUCCAAAGGAGGCAAAGAUCCUUCUUCUCAUUCUCGAUUCAGAGCUGCCAAUAAGCUCGUUGACAAGUUGAAGAACGACAAGGAAAUAGGGGCCACCUGGAUUGCAGUUCACAAUAUGAACAUCACAUUCGUCCGCUUCGCGAUCGAUAAGCCGGACAGCAAAUACAAGACGGGCGCAAAGAUCCCCUUGAAAAAGCUUUCGACAGGAAAUCUGAAGUCCCCCUCGAUCCAAAAGUUCCUUUCCGAAUUUACAAUCGCUUCGGGUGUGAGCGCUCCCAAAAUUGUGACUUGCAUUGCCACCAAUGGCGAGCGCUAUAAACAGCUGUACAAAGGAGGAAAUGACGAUCUACGCCAGGACGCAAUCAUGGAGCAAGUCUUUGAGCAAGUCAGCAGUCUUCUUAAAGAUCAUCAACCUACACGACAGCGAAAGCUAGGGAUCAGAACGUAUAAAGUUCUUCCCUUGACUCUCAAUGCCGGAAUCAUUGAAUUCGUACCAAACACCAUUCCUCUUCACGACUAUCUGAUGCCGGCACACCAACGAUACUUCCCCAAGGAUAUGAAGCCAAAUGCCUGCAGAAAGCACAUCGCUGAUGUGCAGACCAGAUCGUUCGAGCAACGAGUCAGGACCUAUCGCCAGGUGACUGAGCAUUUCCAUCCUGUGAUGAGGUAUUUCUUCAUGGAGAAGUUCAACAAUCCAGACGAUUGGUUUAGCAAAAGAUUGUCAUACACCCGCAGUACCGCAGCAAUUUCCAUACUCGGCCAUGUGCUCGGCUUGGGUGAUCGACAUGGACACAAUAUCUUGCUGGAUGAAAGAACUGGGGAAGUUGUGCACAUUGAUCUCGGUGUUGCCUUUGAGCAGGGUCGCAUCCUGCCGAUUCCAGAAGUAGUGCCUUUCAGACUCACGCGAGACCUAGUUGACGGCUUCGGAAUUACGAAGACCGAGGGCGUGUUCCGCCGCUGUUGCGAGUUCACAUUGGAGGCACUUCGACAAGAGUCGUACAGUAUCAUGACUAUCCUUGACAAGAUGCAAGACAACCAGGGAACGAGCGAAGGGCCGCCCGUUUUGCCUGGAGCAGCCGACAAGUCCUCAACGAACGAACCUAGCGAGGCUGAUCGAGCUUUGACGGUGGUAGCUAAGAAGUUAAGCAAGACGCUGAGUGUCACUGCUACUGUCAACGAGUUGAUUCAGCAGGCAACUGACGAGAAGAACCUUGCUGUUCUGUAUUGUGGUUGGGCAGCUUAUGCAUAA